GUGUUUCAACUUUCAUGAGCACUGAGCCAUGGGGUUCUAUAAUUUGGUUUCCACAGCUUUUAUAGUGUCCUUGGUAUUUGCUCAACCUGGGAAUUGCAAGGUUGGUGAUGGUGUUACUAGUAAUAAUUUCAUUCAACGAAAGGGCACCCAGUUUAUUCUAAAUGGGAAGCCACACUACGUGAACGGGUUCAAUGCCUUUUGGUUUUUGUACAUGGCAUCUGAUCCAUCUACCAAAUCCAAGGUCACUUCAACUUUCCAACAAGCUUCCCAACAUGGUUUAAAUUUGGCAAGAACUAAUGCCUUCAGCGAUGGAGUUUAUAGAGCCCUUCAAAAAUCUCCAGGAUCUUAUGAAGAAAGUGUCUUUAGGGGACUGGAUUUUGUGGUAUCAGAAGCAAGAAAGUAUGGGGUAAAACUGAUACUGUGCUUGGUGAAUAGCUGGAAUGACUUUGGAGGCAAAAAUAAAUAUGUGCAAUGGGCUAAAGAACGCGGCCAGAAUGUCAAAACUGACGAUGACUUCUAUACACAUCCUGUUGUUAAGCAAUAUUACAAAAACCAUAUUAAGGCUGUUUUGACAAGAAAGAACACUAUAACUGGACUGGUAUAUAAGGAUGAUCCUACCAUUUUCGCGUGGGAGCUCAUGAAUGAACCUCGUUCCAACUCCUCCUCAGGAAAAAUGAUUCAGGAUUGGGUUAGUGAGAUGGCAGCCUAUGUCAAAUCUAUUGACAGCAACCAUUUGCUAGAAAUUGGUCUUGAAGGGUUCUACGGUGAAUCAAUGCCACAAAAGAAGCAGUUCAAUCCCGGGGGAUUCCAAGGUGGUGGAACUGAUUUCAUCUCCAACAACCAAGUUCCUCAAAUCGAUUUUGCCACCAUCCAUUUAUACCCUGAUCAAUGGUUAGCAGGCUCAGACGAGGCAGCCCAACAAGCAUUUGUUGAUAGAUGGGUCCAAGCACAUAUCCAGGACUCAAAUGAUGUUUUAAAAAAGCCUAUUCUUCUAGCAGAGUUUGGAAGGUCAUCAAAGUUACCAGGAUACACUGUAGAGAAAAGAAAUGGUUACUUUGUGAAACUAUACAAUUUCAUAUAUGGUAGUGCUAGAAGUGGAGGCUCAUGUGCAGGUGGGCUUUUCUGGCAGCUCGAGUCUACAGGAAUGGAAAACUUUAGUGAUGGCUAUGAAGUCAUUUUCGAGGAAAGUCCUUCAACAGCCGAUAUCAUCAAACAACAAUCCAGGAAAAUAUCAAGUCUCGAAUAGCCUGAUGCCAGAAAAAGUUCUCAUAUCCAUCACUAAUCGUGUAAUUUAAAUAAUGAUGACUGUCUCAGUGCAUCCUGUUUCUCCUGUGCACUUGAGCAGACUAAUAUCAGUUUUUAAUUAUGUAUACUUAAAAGUGAUUUAGUAAA